GCGUGGUGCCCGCUCUGCCCGUGGCCACGUGGGUCACGUGGGCCCCCUGGGUCACGUGGUCUGCCCGCGUGCGCGCCGGCAGCGUCUGCGUCUGCGUCAUCGACGAGCUCGUCUGUGACGUCCGCUGAUGGAAGUCACUCUCACUGGGUUCCACUUGGAGCAAAGCUUCUCUGCCCAUCAGGAGGGGAGUGCCCAGUUCACUCUGCUGGCCGACUACUACAACAGGCAGCUGUCUGGCUGGGAGCCCUUUGUGGAGCGCUGGCCGGCGCAAGUUCAUUGGUUCACGGAGCCGGCCAAUCAGAUGCACCCGUCACGGCAGAUCGUCAAGGUGACGGCGAAGGAGAGGCUCUACGUGAACAUCACCUCCAGCCUCAUCGCUGUGUUCCAGACGACAAAGAGUGUUUGGUUCCCGGGCCCUGAAGACCAAGAUGGCCGCUCGCCCAACCAGGGGAAAUCAGCGUCGCUCUCGCAGUCUCGGAGUCGCAGUUCAGCUGCACUGACCUCCAUGGACAGGAGCGGCACUGAGAGAGUGGGCCCCAGGGGCCGCAAGCGGCUGGUGCCGUUUAUCCUGCGAAACGAGACGGGGUGCCCCCUUAGCUUCUACACUCGCACCACCACCGCCAACCGUGCUGCCCUGGCCCGCUCCCAGAGCGACCUGAGCCCCCCACACCACCCCCACCAUCAGCAGCCCGCGGUGGGCGGGGCCACCACGGUGGUGGGCGGGGCCACCACGGUGGUGGGCGGGGCCACCACGGUGGCGGGCGGGGCCACCACGGUGGCGGGCGGGGCCACCACGGUGGCGGGCGGGGCCACCACGGUGGUGGGCGGGGCCACCACGGUGGUGGGCGGGGCCACCACGGUGGAGGGCGGGGCCACCACGGUGGUGGGCGGGGCCACCUCGGUGGUGGGCGGGGCCACCACGGUGGUGGGCGGGGCGUCUGUGUGGACCCGCGUGGCUCCGGGCGAAGAGGUCCCCUUUGAGUUCCACGCUCAGGAGAAGCAGAGACACCGACAGACCCACGAGGUGCGUCUGCGCCAGUUGGCGGUGCGAGUGGACGGCUGGCAGGAGAUGGAGCCCAUCUCCGUGGAUCGCGUCGGAGUUUACUUCAGACACGCAGCGGCCGACACGACGCGCACAGCCUCCCACGUUGGGAGCUCCUCCAGCCAAAUCCUCCACCCACAGAUUUACUUCUCCUCACUACCCCCGGCACGUGUGGUGCUGUCGGUGGUGCUGGACGCCGUAGCCGGCACUGUGGUGACGGUCCGAUCCUCGCUGCUGCUGCACAAUCACCUCCACCGCGCCGUGCAGAUUCGCAUGGACAGCCCCUCGGCACCAGACAAGCCGGUGGUGCUCCCCGUGUUGCCGGCCAGGGGCUCCGUCCCCAUCCCCCUCCACCUCGCCUCCUGGCGCCUACAGGUGCGGCCUAGCGGCGCAGGCUUCCACUACUGCCGCGUGCCCAUCCACUGGACUAGCGCCGUCACCACCUCCUCCUCCACCUCCUCGUCCACCUCCUCGUCCUCCUCAUCGUCGUCGUCUGCGGCUGGAGGCAAGGCUGCUGCUGCUGCUGCUGCUUCUUCCGGCGGUGGUGGCGGCGGUGGUGGCGGUGGUGGCGGUGGUGGCAGUGGUGGCGGUGGGUUAGGCAUCGUGCACGCCAGCAGUCGCGAGUGUCUCAGCAUCAGCGGGGAUAAAGAGCUGACGCACAGGUUCGUGGUGGCAAUCCGUGAGGAUCCCUUCCCAGCGGAGGCCUGGGCAGCCGGCCAGCCGCCAUUCCCGUACCCAGGCCACACGCUGCUACUGCUGCCCACCCUCGUCCUCACCAACCUCCUGCCCUGCGAACUCACCUACUACCUCAAGGGGCUACCAGUACGUGGGGUUCUCUCUCCGGGCCAGGAAGCUGCGCUUGAGUCGGCCGACACUUCACAGAACAUCGAACUGGGGGUGGAGCUUGAGAACUUCCCGCGCUGCAAGGAGCUGCUGCUGGUACCGGGAGCCGCCGGCGGCGCCGGUGGCUCCUCCUCCUCCUCCUCCUCCGGCGCCGGUGGCUCCGGCGGUGGCUCUGGCGGUGGCUCCGGCGGUGGCUCCGGCGGCUCGGUGCCGGCUUGGCGCGCUGAGCGAGUGGCUCAGCUGCGAGCGUUCGACACCCGGAAUCGGCGCUUACUGCUCACGGUGCGCGUCGCCAGUGUGACACACGGAGCCCGGCACGUGCUACUGUCCGCUCCCUACUGGCUCCUCAACAAGACCGGCCUGCCCCUGGUGUUCCGCCAGGAAGGCGUCCGUGGUGCCGACGCCGCGGCCGGGCAGUUUGAGGAGCACGAAGUCGCCCGGAGCCUCACGCCACUCCUCUUCAGCUACGCUGACCGGGAGCAGCCACACCUGUGCAGCAUGCGGCUGGGCAGGGGCCUGCACCCCGAGGGAGUCCCAGCCUGGUCCCACUCCUUCUCGCUGGACGCCGGCUCGGGCGUACGCACACUCACUGUGCUACAGGCGGAGAACCGUCCGGGGCUGGUGUACUACAUCGGCAUCAUUGUGCGCAAGGCCCGUGGACGCUUCCGUGACACGCAGCUGGUCACCUUCACUCCCAGAUUCCUCGUCACCAACCACUCCAGACACUCACUCAGCUUCGCACAGAGAGAGUUCACCCAGGGCGGCCGUGCUCAGCCGGCGCCGGUGUCGGCGCUGCCGGGCGCCAGCCUGGUGUACCACUGGCCCCGCUGCGACCUCGAGCAACUGCUCUGCGUCCGCCUCUCCCCACCGCCGCCGCACCAGCAGCACCAGCAGCAGCAACAGCAGCAGCAGCAGCAGCAACAGCAGCACCAGCAGCAGCACCAGCAGCAGCUGCAGCAGCAGCAGCAUGGUGGUGGUGGCGGUGGUGGCGGUGGUGGUGGUCCGUGCAGCUUCCUGCGUGUGGAGGUGGCUCUCCGUGAUGCCACCUUCCACGCGGAGUUCCUCGACACUGACUGCCUCCCUCCUCCAUACCGCCUGGAGAAUCACUCCCUGGUGUCCGUGGUCGUGUCCCAGCUGGGAGCCGGCGAGUCUCCCCGCUGGCGCUUGGCCCCCGGCGCCAGCGUGGCCUAUGCCCCCGAAGAGCCCUGUCUGCCGCCCGUGGUGCUGGUCAGCGUCAGCGGCGCUGCCUCACGCUCCUCUCGCGGUGCCGUCAGACUGGACGACCCCGGCACCCAAGGCGUGCAGCUGUACUACGAGAAUUACAUCUAUGUCACGGCCAGUUACACCUUCACCGGUGCGGGUGACGCGGUGCUCGCGGGCAGCUGGAGUGACGUGAGUGGCCAGCAGCUGGUGCUGGACGUGCCGCCCCGGUCACGUGCUGUCGUCCUGCGCCGGAAGGAGUCUGGCAAGCGCUCCCAGCUGUGGCGCAUGACGAGCGACGGGCUCCUCCAGCACGAGGGCUCCUCCCUGCCGGACUCUCAGGCGCUCGACUCGCUCGGCCCUCGUCACCACCACCACCAGCAGCAGCAGCGGCAGGGCCGGGCGGCAGAAUCGGCGCUGGUGCUGGACAUUGCUGGGCUCGCCCCUGUCACCAACAACAGCUUCGAGCCCUUGAUGAUUCGCAAGGUGGACGCUAGGAGGCGCACGACCCAGACUUGGUACUUCCGUGAUGGCAGACUUACUUGCGGGUUUCCUGGACUCGUCGUGCAGGUGGAGGGUGGGGUGGAGUCUCUGUGCGACUCCACCCCAGUGGUGCUGGGCCCGGCUGCCCCCUGGCCCCUGUUUGCUGGCUCCCCCGUGGAUGCCGCCCAGGCGUUUGGCUACAGCAAGCUGAGGGCCGGCUCGGGGGCACUCAGUGUGCACGUGACCCUCAGUGGGCCAACUCGCGUCCUGCAGGUGAUGGACAUGUCUCAUCGCAAGCCGGGUCAUGGAUCACAGGACCAGAGGGAGUCGACCUCCCCCACCACCUCCACCACCUCCUCCACCUCCACCUCCUCCUCCACCUCCUCCUCCACCUCCUCACACCUCAAGCCCUCAGCUUCCUCCUCUCCUCUUCGCGACUUGGAGGUGAGCGUGUCGCUGGUGAGUGGCGUGGGAGUGUCGCUGGUGAGCGUGGCGCCCGAGGAGUUGGUGCUCGCCAGCCUGAGCGGCAUCGCCGCACGGCUCACUCGCAGCGCCAGCGAGCACUCACUGGACAUCAGCAUCUCUCACGUGCAGGUGGACAACCAGCAGUGUGACGCUGUACGGGAGGUCAUGCUGAGUGUCCAGCCCGGGCGAGACGGUGACACUGGCAGGCUACCAGCGGUGCAGCUGAGCAUCGUCCAUCUCCCCAGUGACAACGCCUCCACCAGCAUCUACAAGAGGCUCAUGGUGAGCGUGCGAGCGAUGAGCGUCAACCUGGAGGAGAAGCUGCUGCUGAAGCUGCUGCAGUUCUUCGGAUACGGAGACAAGGAGGGAGACGGGGAGUGUGGCGACAGUGGUUGGCUGGACGCCCAGUCUCUGGAGCGGACGGGGAAGCUCACAGCCGCCCGCCACUACUUUGAGAUCCUCAAAAUCUCCAUGCCUCUGAUGCAUCUGAGCUUCUACACGAGCCCAGACCUGCCACGUGAGCUGAAGGUGCUGAAGUCUCGCCUGGGUGUCCGCUUUGUGCGCUUCGAGCACGCCCGUGUGGAGAUGGAGCCCUUUGCCAGGAUGCACCCCUACGAGACGCUCGACAGCCUGCUGGCCAGCGUGGUCAAACACUACCGUGAGGAGCUGAUGGGCCAGGCGGUGGCCAUUCUGGGCUCGGUGGACUUCCUGGGCAACCCGGUGGGUCUCUUGAACGACGUGACGGAGGGGAUGAGCGGCCUUCUGCGACACGGCAACGUGGGAGGACUCAUUCGCAACGUCACCCACGGAGUCUCCAACUCCACCGCAAAGGUCACCGGGUCUCUGUCGGACGGCCUGGGCCAGCUGAUGGACGCCCGGCACCAAGCGGAGAGGCAGCAGAUCAGGCAACAGGCAGCCAUCAGUGGGGAGCACCUGGUGGCUGGGAUGUACGGCCUGGUGCAUGGCAUCAUGGGUGGGCUGACGAGCGUGGUGACGGCUACGGUGGACGGCGUCCGUGCCGAGGGCGCCGUGCGAGGGCUCCUGGCCGGCCUCACGCGGGGAGUCGUCGGCACGGUCACCAAGCCCCUGGCUGGGGCCCUCGACUUCGCCUCGGAGGCCGCACAGGCGGUGCGGGACAGUGCCAGCACCGCUCCGCCACACCGCUCUCUACGUCGUCUUCGUCCUCCGCGCUGCUGCCAGGGCCCAGGAGGCCUCCUGGCGCCGUUCUCACUCAGCCUGGCAGAGGGGCAGCAGCAGCUACAGCGUCUCACUCAGUCACG